GUCAGUAAUCAGCAUUGUCAGUUUCUAGUAAAUAUAAUAAAAACGUAAAUAAUUUUAAUUUUUUCAAAAUAAACAAUUUGUGAUAAGAAUAUGAUUGUUUAAAUUAACCAAGAUUUUAUGUUAACAAUACAGCUAAGAAUAUUGAGUUAAUAUUUAAGAGUGAUUAGAAAAAUCUUGUCAUUAUGUUUGAAGCUCGAAGUAUCAAUGCCGAACAUAAAGAUUUAAUUCACGAUGUGGCUUAUGAUUUUUAUGGACAACGAAUGGCAACAUGUUCUAGUGAUCAAUGCGUUAAAGUGUGGGAUCAAGAUGAUUUGGGAAAUUGGCAAUUAACUGCCAACUGGAAAGCUCAUAGUGGAUCCGUUUGGAAAGUCACUUGGGCUCAUCCAGAAUUUGGGCAAGUUUUGGCUACUUGUUCUUUUGAUCGUACUGCGGCUGUUUGGGAAGAAAUAGUUGGAGAAACCACUGUACCUGGUGAAAAAGGAAUGCGACAUUGGGUUCGGCGUACAAAUUUAGUUGAUUCUCGUACAUCAGUCACAGAUGUUAAGUUUGCACCAAAAUCUUUAGGAUUAUUAUUAGCAACUUGUUCUAAUGAUGGUGUUGUUAGAAUUUACGAAGCUCCAGAUGUAAUGAAUUUGAGUCAAUGGACAUUACAACACGAAAUAUCUUGUAAAUUACCAUGUAGUUGUUUAAGUUGGAAUCCUUCAUUUAAUAGAUUACAUCCUCCAAUGCUUGCUGUUGGAAGUGAUGAUGCUAAUCCUGCUAAUGGCGGUAAAGUAUUCAUCUAUGAAUUCAGUGAGAAUACAAGACGGUGGACCAAAACAGAAACAAUUCAUUCAAUACAUGAUCCAGUUCAUGAUUUAGCAUUUUCACCAAAUUUAGGUCGUAGUUAUCAUUUACUUGGAGUUGCUACUAAAGACGUUAGAAUUAUUACAUUGACACCAGUAAUGGAUACAUCUGGUGUUCAAAGUGGUUUAACGAGAUUUGAAGUUAAACCUGUUGGGCAAUUUGAUGAUCAUGGAAGUGCAGUUUGGCGUGUUUGUUGGAAUAUUACAGGAACAAUUUUAGCAUCUUCUGGCGAUGACGGUUGUGUUCGAAUAUGGAAAAUGAAUUAUUUAAACUCAUUUAAAUGUGUUACUGUCUUACAAGGUGACAGAAUAAUUAAUCAGCAAGAAGCAAGUUCAUCAGAUGCCACUACUCCUACUGGUAUUCAAGCAGGACCAGCAUCUAUGACUGCUCGAUAUUAUAAACUUGGUACCAUUAAUAGUCCCAAUCAAGUUCCAUGGCAUUAAUGGUUUGAAUUUAUUAUGUCGUUUUUGUAUGUAUUCAAUUAGUUUUAUAAAUAAUAAUAAAUUUUCUUAUGUUGAUUUCAA